AUGCCGAUUCUCUGGAAAAAACCCUUCUGCCUGAGAGACUCGGUCGCCAAUUUCCACACGAUAAUUCCCGUUUACCUAUCCUUCCUCUCUAACGAAACAAAGAUAAAUCUAAAUAUCGACGGUAUGCGCCUAUCUACCAGUGCAUCUUUCAAUUAUCCCGAAUUCUUGCAUGAACUUGAUUUUAUCGGGUUACAGAUGACCGUCUAUCGCUGGUGGUUGAGCGAGGAAAUAUUCAAGCUGGUGGUAGACAAAUCAAAGAAGUUUGAUAGAUUCACCAUUGACCUCAAAGAUAACUCUCGAUGGCUUCCCAAUGACUUUGAUCAUUAUCUGACAGUGUUAUUCUCUUCUUCCGGGAUGAUCGAAUGGUUGACAAAGUUAAAGGUGCUGAAGCUGACAGGGCCAUUUCCGAAAUCGACAUUUCUAAAAGAUAUACUGAACGUCAAUCGAAACCUUUCGAUUCUCACCAUCGAGGAUUGGAAGAAUGAAGCGUUAAAUUAUGACCUGAGCGAUUUUAUCAAAACACAGCAUAACCUAAAGGAAUUCAAUUUUAUCAGUAACCCGGAUGAUGUCUCGCCUGUGCUUGCGGCACUGACGGGACAAUCAAAUUCUCUGCGCAAACUUCAGAUCACGAACGGUGAAAUUGUCGAUAGUCUCAACAUAGGAACUUUGUCCCGAUGUUCGCAGUUAGAAUCCAUUUGCUUUAAAUCGCUCCAUCUGUCCAGGGCUCAACUGAAAGUUUUCUCACAGGCUUCCUUUCCAAAAUUGAAUUCGCUCUACCUCAUGGACAUCGAUCACGCAUGGACCGUCAAAGGGUCAAAAAAGAUCAAGGAUAAAACCAUGCAAAACAUCAUACGAGCAUAUGGACCUCGCUUGGAGAAUCUGGGACUGAGAUUCAAUCUUGAAGUGUUUCCCGGAGUUUUAGAAGCGGUUGCAAAGUAUUGUAAAAAUUUAAAGACAUUUAUGAUCAGAAUAGAGAAAACCCAAGAAAUUCCAAAUUUAUUUAGCAUACUAAAGAGUUGUCAAAAGCUUGAGUCGCUGAUGAUUGACGAGAUCCAUUGCACGGACCCAUUUGAAGCGAACGACUUCAUGUUCGAGAUGGCCGGCCUGAUACCGUCGAGUCUUGUACACCUGGACCUGACAAAGUGGGUGAUUUCCAUCGAGAUACUGAUGGGAUUCUUGAUGAGUUGCAACGCGAGGUUGAGAACAUUGGAAUGUCAUUGCCACGGAAGUUCCAUCGGCAAGGAGGACAUGAUCAGGAAAUUCGCGAGGGAGAACGGGAGGGAGGUUAGGAAAAUUGUAAUUAAUAAUUAUUUCACGAUUUCAAAAGUUUGUGCCGAGUGGAAUUGA